AUGGACAAAGGCGCUGUCACUGGAGCAGUCUUUUUGGACCUAUCAAAGGCCUUCGACACGGUGAACUAUUCUAUUCUAUUUUCAAAAUUAUCGAAGGCUGGAUUUACUGAUGCCACUAUAACAUGGUUCAAAUCAUACCUAUAUCAGAGAAUACAGGUAACAAGAGUGGAUAAUGCUACCUCCUCUGCAAAGUAUGUCUCAGUUGGAGUUCCACAAGGGAGUGUCCUUGGACCACUCCUAUUUAUCCUUUACGUGAACGACUUGCCGUCUUGUAUUAAGAAGUGUAAAGUGACUAUGUAUGCAGAUGACACGGUUCUUUAUUUCUCUUCCUCUACGUUGUCGGGGAAAUUUGAAUGCUGA